AGCCAAAACCCAUUGAAUUUUGGUAUUUUAAGUGGCUGAAUUUGGCACUUUUAGUUAUUUAGGGGAUUUUUUGGAAAUUGUAUAAAAGAAUAGGAUGUGGAAUUUUGAAGAUGAGUAUGAUAUGUGGGAAGAGGCCUGUUUUGAGGGAGAAGAGGAUCAGUUGGGGUAUUAUAUGGUCAGAAUCCCUCUAUCCACUACUUCCGAAGCUUUAGAGGACCAAUACCUAAAAGUCAACAUUGAAGACCCUGAUCCUUUCAGUCAGAUCUGGGCCAACGGCUGGAACACUGACUGUGCAGGACCAGAGUUCGCACAGAAGAUUAAUGAGAUUGUCAAGGAGUAUAGGGAGAAGAGAGAAAGAGACGUAGAAGAGGUGUAUAAUGAGGUUUUUAAGGGAGAGAUUGAGAUUUUGGAGAUGAUGGAGGAGAUGCAUGAGAGGGAAUUGAGCAGAUUUGAGGAGGAGGAGGUGCCAAGAGCGAUGAGACAGAAGGUUUUGGAUAAUUUUGAGCGAUUUGUGACAGUAGGUGAAGAGGAUAUUGGUAAAAUUAAAUGUCUGAUUGAAUCAUGCCUCUCGCUUGUGCGUUUUGAAGAGCCAACAAUUGCUCCUUCAGGACACACUUUUGAUAAAACAGAGACUGAUUAUAUUAGUAGUAUCAAAAAGGAUCCAAUUACAAGAGAGGAUCUUUGAAAAAAUAGCAUUCGGGAGCACUACAUUGCAAUUUACAUUGCUGAUUUUAUCGAAAAGAAUGUUGAUAGUAUUUUCAUUGAUGCUAUUAUUUAAUUUAUUUAAUUCAGC